AUGACGGUGGCUAGUGGAGACCAGCUAGAUGAAGCAGCGGCACAGCCCGGUCAGCCCCAGGAUAUGUACGACGGGGACGUGGAUCACGAGUGCUGCGAGCGGGUGGUCAUCAACAUCUCCGGCCUGCGCUUCGAGACGCAGCUCAAGACGCUCUCGCAGUUCCCCGAGACGCUGCUGGGGGACCCCAAGAAGCGCAUGCGCUACUUCGACCCGCUCAGGAACGAGUACUUCUUCGACAGGAACCGGCCCAGCUUCGACGCCAUAUUGUAUUACUACCAGUCGGGCGGGAGGUUACGGCGGCCGGUCAACGUCACGUUGGACAUCUUCUCCGAGGAGAUCCGCUUCUACGAACUCGGCGAGGAGGCAAUUGAGAUAUUCCGAGAAGACGAGGGCUUCAUAAAGGAAGAGGAACGACCACUGCCAGAGAACGAGUUCCAGAGACAGGUAUGGCUGCUCUUCGAGUACCCGGAGAGCUCGGGGCCUGCCCGCAUCAUCGCCAUCAUAUCCGUGAUGGUGAUCCUCAUCUCUAUCGUCAGCUUCUGCCUGGAGACCUUGCCUAUAUUCCGCAGCGAUGAGGCUGACAUGCCUCACGCCUACCAGGCCAACUUCAACGGCACCUCCUCGUACUUUCCAACGAGCUUCACGGACCCCUUUUUUAUCCUCGAGACCCUGUGCAUCAUCUGGUUCUCGUUUGAGUUCCUCGUCAGGUUCUUCGCCUGCCCCAGCAAAGCUGGGUUCUUCGUCAACAUCAUGAACAUUAUUGACAUUGUCGCCAUCAUUCCUUACUUCAUCACCUUGGGAACGGAGCUGGCGGAGAAGCCCGAGGAGCAGCAGGGCCAGCAGGCCAUGUCCCUCGCCAUCCUGAGGGUCAUCCGACUGGUGCGCGUGUUUCGAAUCUUCAAGCUGUCGCGACACUCCAAAGGCCUUCAGAUCUUGGGCCAGACCCUCAAGGCCAGCAUGAGGGAGCUGGGGCUGCUCAUCUUCUUCCUCUUCAUCGGAGUCAUCCUCUUCUCCAGCGCCGUCUACUUCGCCGAGGCUGACGAGCCCGACUCCCAGUUCGUCAGCAUCCCGGACGCCUUCUGGUGGGCCGUGGUGUCCAUGACGACCGUGGGCUACGGCGACAUGGUGCCCACCACCAUCGGCGGCAAGAUCGUCGGCUCGCUGUGCGCCAUCGCCGGCGUGUUGACCAUCGCCCUGCCCGUGCCUGUCAUCGUCUCCAACUUCAACUACUUCUACCACCGCGAGACGGAGGGCGAGGAGCAGGCGCAGUACCUCAACGCCCCCUACGUCCCCAAGGCGGACUCCAACGAGGACCUGAAGAAGAGCCACAGCGGCUCCACCCUCAGCAAGUCGGACUACAUGGAGAUCCAUGAGGCCGUGCGCGCCGCCAACAGCCAUGAGGACUUCCGCGUCGAGGAGAACCUCAAACCGACGGGCAACUGCACCGUGCUGUCCAACACCAACUACGUCAACAUCACCAAGAUGCUCACGGAUGUAUAA